GAAAGGAGAAAUAAGAUGUUUGAUCUGAGCAUUGUGUGAGUAACAUUUCCAAACGUGAUGUUCCUCCGCACUCUGUGACCCUCCGGUGUUACCGACGACUCAGCACAUUUCUAAUGAGGAUGUCCUCCGCUGUUUGCGAGCAAGAUUUGAGGAUUUCACAGAAACUGGAUUUCUUUUUUUUGUAUUUGGGGAACAGGCUGAUAAAAAUAGCCCGCGUGCUGAUGAGGUUACAAUGAACAGGUUGGUGUUCAGCUGAAACUUCCAGACAGGCGGAACGAUGUCUUGUUUUAGGACAUUUUAAAUCAAAGUGAGUGGAGCAUCAAAGAAAAGAAAGAAACAAGGAUCCGAUCAUUUAUUUGUUUGGAACAAUUUAUUCACAUCAGUGUAGUUCACACGAGGAGCGCAGAGACCAACAGGCGAUCCUGGAAGCAGCUUGUUGAUGGCACUGCGCACCGGGAGGACUUGGUUUGGGCAGGUCUUGCGCAGGGUCUUUCGGCUGCAGGGCUCCUGGUUCAGGCGAUCGAGCAGUCUCUUGUGUCUCUCCGCGAACCAGGAGCAGGAUCUGGGGUUCUGUCACCGGGAUCACUACAAGGCGGCGGAUUUCCACCGCUGCUCCGACUCCGGCGACCACCGCGGUCACCGUCACCGGAGCGCUCCUUUCUGCGCCUCCACCUCCAGGCGCUGUCCACACGGUUUUCCCCACGCUUGCUGCGCCUUCCCGGGGAAUCCGAGGGGACAUGAGCCCCUCGGUUGCCGGUUCCUGUUGGCCAUGAAGCGGCAAAACGUGCGGACCUUGUCCCUGAUCAUCUGCACGUUUACAUACCUGCUCGUCGGGGCCGCCGUGUUUGACGCCCUGGAGUCCGACUUCGAGAUGCGGGAAAAAGAGCAGCUGGAAGCCGAGGAGAAGCGUCUCCAGGGGAAAUAUAACAUCAGCGAGGAUGAUUAUCGCAAACUGGAGACCAUCAUCAUGGAGGCAGAGCCCCACAGAGCCGGGGUGCAGUGGAAAUUCGCAGGGUCAUUUUACUUUGCCAUCACGGUUAUAACCACUAUAGGCUAUGGGCACGCAGCGCCAGGGACCGACGCAGGGAAGGCCUUUUGCAUGUUUUAUGCCGUCCUGGGAAUCCCUUUGACUCUUGUUAUGUUCCAAAGUCUGGGCGAGAGGAUGAACACUUUUGUCAAGUACCUCCUGAAGCGUAUCAAGAAGUGCUGUGGCAUGAGCAUCACUGAUGUGUCCAUGGAGAACAUGGUGACUGUCGGAUUCUUCUCCUGCAUCGGCACACUGUGCAUCGGCGCCGUUGCCUUCUCCCAUUACGAGGAUUGGAGCUUCUUCCAGUCUUAUUAUUACUGCUUCAUCACAUUAACAACUAUAGGCUUUGGAGACUUUGUGGCCCUUCAAAAGAACCGGGCGCUCCAGAAGAAGCCCCUGUAUGUGGCCUUUAGCUUCAUGUAUAUCCUGGUGGGCCUGACGGUCAUCGGGGCCUUCCUAAACCUGGUUGUGCUCCGCUUCCUGACUAUGAACAGUGAGGACGAGCGGCGGGACGCAGAGGAGCGGGCCUCGCUAGCUGGCAACCGGAACAGCAUGAUCAUCCACAUCCAGGACGAAUCGCUGCAGCGGGGCCGGCGGCGGCGCGAGCCGUACCGACAGGAAGUGACUGAUUUGCAGUCAGUCUGCUCCUGUAUGCACUACCACUCGCAUGACUUCGGCAGCUCUGGGGGAGGGAUGGGAGGCCUGGGCUGUGCCUUCUCCCAUCAGAACUCGUUCAGCUCACAGCUGAAUCCCAAUCAGUACUUUCACUCGGUUUCCUACAAGAUCGAGGAGAUCUCGCCCAGCACCUUGAAGAACAGCUUCUAUCCGUCGCCCAUCAGCUCGGUGUCUCCGGGUCUUCACAGCUUCACAGACAAUCACCAGCUGAUGAGGAGAAGGAAAUCCAUCUAAAGCCUACCACACACGGGACAAAUGAGUUUCCAUGUUUUAUACACAAGGUCAAACAUUUCCAAUGCUGCUCCUUACCAAAUCAUAUUUCAGCAGUUAUUUUCCUCUUUGGUCGUGUGUAAUAUAAAAAGUAUUCUUGGAAACAGAUGAAGAACACUGAGCAGAACAGCGUGGACACAAUGAGAUGCAAAGCAUGAAGCAUGGAUGUCUAUUUUUUCAAGAGAUUGCUCCAUUUACAAACACUACACGAAUGACUUAACCUUCCUUAAUUCAGAUUUACAGUACAAAAUUGUUAUAUUAACUUUGGCUACAUGCCAAAUGAUGCACACUUGGGGAAAUGCUAUUUUUCAAAAAGGGAGUAUGCUUGUUUCACCUUAACUUGAAGAAACUUUUACCAUUAUGUACUAUUCCAUUGCCUCACUGCAGACAGAGAUUUUAAACUGACUUAAAGCAUCAGGUAUUGUUUUCUAGGAGCAAUCAUAUAUUCCAAUGGUUUCACCACACAUCAAGCCAAAAUAUUGUUGCCAAUAUAGCAUGUGCAUUAGAUGUCAUUUAACGAGUGUGCCAUGGUUUUGUGACAUUCUUCAGUCUGUUGAUAGAACAGCCAUACGAAGGUGUCUGUUUGUCUUGGAUUCAAGGGAUCAUGCUGCUGUUAUUAAUACGUCACCCCUUCUUCUAAAUCCGAUCCGGCCACAAGAGCUUCGUUUCACUUCAGGCCUUUUAAAUGAUGAGAUGUCAAAUUGACCCAAAGGAGAAUCCACCCUGCCCCAUACACCUUUACACAGAGUUGCCUGUUAUGGGGUCUGUAUCAUUGGUUGCCUGUGUUGUUGUCUUCCAUUAAUAUUCAUAGUGUAAAUCAGUUACGUGCACUCCUCUGUGCGUUGAUCAUUUUGCACCAAUAUUCAGCAUUUAUAUUCAAAUUCACAUUGAGUAUUCCAGAAAGCUGGGACAAACAAGGGAUAGAUUUCUAAAAACGGAAUAGUCAAGAUCGAUGCAGCAGAGGGUUACAUAUUCAGACUUUCAUGCAGUGAAAGUUUGAUUUGAUUUUUCGCUCGACUAUCUAGUACUUCAGCGAUAUAAACCCAAAAAACACAUUUGGCUGUGAUUUAAUUGCAAUAAAUGAAUCAAAAUGACGCCCAAAUAAAGACAUUUUGAUGCUGAUUUGUAAAAAGUCGUAAUUUGUGCUUUGUCAGGUUUGUCAGGUAGCAAACAUCUUUUAAAAAGCUUGUUUUCUGAAUGGAGUUCACACAGCAUUAGUCCUCAGUAAGGAUCACAAGCUCUACAAAACACUGAAUCCUACAAUUCCCAUGAUGCAACUCAAUGGCAUCUUUCAUUCGACCCUCACUACCUUCGGAAAUCCUACAACUCCAGUUCGUAACGGAAGCUUUCGUUUAAAUGCCGAAGCUGAGAUAACCCCGAUCACUAUGACGUCAUCAGAGCUCCCUCCAGAGACACACACAUUAUACGACUGAGUAUCACUGUCAUGCACCGUAGUGGGUGGCCAGGUUGCUCCACACCAACCUUUUGUUUGAAUGCAACAAGUUAUCUUUUGAGAGGCAUUAUGGGAAAUGUAUUUGAAACCAAUGAGUCAGGUUGAGGGAAGUGGAUUUAUGGGUUCUUGGAAAAUGAUCAAAUGACUGUAAUUAAUGAAGUGAUGAUAUGAGACAGUGUCAGAGGAUCAGAAGGUGGACUUUUACCUUUAACCUUCAGCUACCAAAGUGCAAUUAAAUGACUCCAGUUAAAUGUAUAAGCAGUUUUAGAUAAAAGGACUUGCAUGAUUAUGCUCCAAAGUCCUGAAUAGUACGCAAUGCAUGCCUGUAGCAGCUGACCCGGCGUCUGCUGAUGAACCCUUCUCAGAUCUGACGACGCAGCACUGACUGCAGAACUGUUCACGGUGACGGAGAAGCAUGCAGAUCUAAACUGACAACUCUGGAGGUUUGGAUGCACUCUGGAGCCAUUAGGGAAACACGGCCUGAUAAACGCAUCAACACGGAAAUGAGCAGAAAUAGUGAGUGUGAGUUAAUGUGAGCGGACAGCUGAGGAUCACAGAUAAGAAAAAGUUAAUAACACCAGUAUGAUCCUUUGGUUUUCUGUAAAAUAUUAGAAGAAGAAAAGGGGUAAGGACGAUUUGUUUGUGUUUGAAAGAUCUGAUAAGUGCAUGAACUUUGUAUGAUGAAUGGGGAAAUAAUUUCAUAAUUUAAAAGGUAUCUUAACAGCAAAUGUUCUUAAGAAUGAUUUACAACACAAGCUGUUUCUUUUGCCAAAGUCCAGCAGGUUUUAAAAGGGAUACACUUUAUUUAUUUUUAAUUUCUCAUUCAAACAAACUGUACAAUAAUGUUUGUUGUCAGGUUUGAAUGAAUCACCUUUUUUGUUUUUGGGUUUGCUCCUAUAACGCAAUCACAGAAGUGCAUCGGCCAAAUAAUAACAAUGUACAUAUCAAAUCCUCAUUUCCAAAUGGUAGGAAUUUUCCAAGAAAUGAGAUGCAUCAUCUCACUGAGGCCCGGGCUGCGUCUCAUGCAGAUACACCAGGAGUCCGUUUGCAUUAAAGGCAUCAUUUGUGACAGGGCUGGAAAGUAUUUGGGCAGUUCUGGAUAUUCAUAUUGAUAACAGGCCUGUUUUAAAGCCCAAAUACGCCUUUUCUGUCACAUAUUAUGCCAGCUGUCAAAGACUAUUCACUAUCACUGAGCUCCUAAAUUCAGCAGGAUUCAAGCGCUACACAUGAUUUCUAAAAGCCUUUUAAGAUGUAAAUCUAUAUUUAAGUAUAAAUUGUUUGUAAAGACUGGAACAGCUUUUUUGUUAAGUUACACAUGCAGAGCUGGGAGCUAUUUUAUUCCCUUAGCAAGUUCUAUCCUUCAAAAUCAAUCAAUACUUCUGGAAACCAACAAUUCCUACACCAAAUCUCUGGACUUUCAGGAAACGUUAUCAUCAGUAUUCUUUGCAGCCGUGUGUUUAACAGGCUUCUGUUAAUUUCCUGGGUAGUUGAGCAUGCCUCGCAAUGUGAAGGCCACUCUGUUUGGGCAAAUGGCAGAACGCCAUGGAUCCCAUCCAGCCGUGACAAACAUAACUAGGCGUGGAGUCCGAGAUAAGCCCUUAAAGCAUUGUUUCAUUAUUGGAACUAUAGCGGCUUGUCUAAAUAUCCUGUACAAUAUGUUUAUAACAACCUUUGGAAUAAAAAGGCCUUUUCAUGGCUGAGAUGCAUAUGUAUUUUUACACAUUAGCAUACGUGCCUUGAAGAAACAGCGGUCAGUGUUUCUGUUGAAGUGGGCACAUUUAAAAAUGGUGGAUCUGUUUGUGCUUUAGCAAACCUAUUGGGAGAUUACGUAAGUCUGGAGCGCAGAUGUGGUUAAUGUAUAGACAGAUCUAAGUCCUGACAAACAAGUUCAUUUGAGGAGAUGACAUUUUACACCUUCUAUAACCACAUACACACACAGCAGACUGAAACACUUUUAAAAGACAUAAUCAUCCUAUAACAGCUUAAGAAGUAACUCCAGUGUAUAACAACGUGGGUCUUCUUUUCAUGGUUUUGACCAGAAAUCCUGUCAGUAAUAAUAAUACUGUAGUCACAGAGGUUGCUGAGAUUUGGGAAUGUCCACAUAAUUGCUAAAAAGAAGUUAGAUGGUGCAGGUUACAGGUUUAAAGCAAUGUUCCCUCUCUAAAUCCUAUUGAAAGUCCAACACCAUCAAUGAUUUGAUCCUAAUAACAAGUAUUUCCUAUUUAGCCAAAAGCUGGAUUGUUGCACUGACGGACAUGUUCUGUUAUUAAGGUGAAUAUGGGCACUGUAGUUUAUUUUGAGUUGAUCUCGAACCCUGAGAGGCAAGUAAGAAAUAAGCAAAUGUGGUUAUCGAUUUUCUAAGUCUGAUCUUCGGCGUGUGAAGAUUUGUUGUUGUUGCCAUGAUCGUUUGGUUCGUUGUUGUAAUAUUCAUUCUGACCACAAGAGGCUGAAGUGCACCACUGACCCCGUGUUCUCAAUAGGACCAACAGCAUCAGUGUUUUCUCUUUGCGCUCUAAACACAAGAAGGUGCACAGCAAGUUUAUCAAUACUGUCACGUCAUGGAGAAAUUAGCUGAAAAACAGACAUGCUUUUAGUAUUGUUUAGAACAUGGGGUAGUGGUGCACUUCAGCCUCUUCUGGCCAAAAAUGAGUAACACAAGACUUAGAAGAAUUAUUCUGACUUUCAAGUUUCACCUGCCAAAACGUAUUUCUUUCAACUGUCUAAAAAUAGCAAAUAACUAGCUACCUGCUUUAAAAGCUGCAUUGCUUUUAGUUUUUUGGCCACUUGGGGGCAGCAGAACAAGCUGAAAACAUUCUUAUAGUUUAUAUUUAUAUUUAGAGUCAUGUAUCCGGAGACUUGAUGAAUGUAAGCCCAAUAUCACUCUCCCUUUAAGCUUUAUUUUGGUCUCUACCAUUUCCUGAGCAAAAAAAACAUCUGUCUCAUUAACUUGAUAGAUACUUUGCUAUGUUCAACAGCUAGCCGCUAACUCUGUCUGCUUGCUGUUUGGCGCCGGACAGGUAGCAUACAGUUGGUUUAUUUUAUUGGCUUAAAUAAUCCGGCUGAACUAUUCGCUCGUCAUCACUUGUUGGUGGUUUGUCUGAUCAUCGGACUUUGUCGCAGUGAUGUUGCCUUGUUCCCAGAUCUCAGCUGUUACUUUGGUGAUUGCAAUACCGUUAAGAAUGACGGCCAGAGAAAACCCAAAUUGUAAUAAACUGCAAUAAUCUUUUUGAGCAAACAUCUACAUAUAACGAGAGUCACUGACGGCGAUCAGUGUCGUCUACCUUCCAUUCUCUUUACACUCAAACUUUUCCAACAUUUCGGGGGAAUGUAUCAGCCAUAAUGGAUCGUUUUCUCUGAAAGGAAGCAGCAAACAAACAAAGUCAUUUGCUUUUCAUGAGCUGCAAUCAGAUCGUUUGUCAUACCCUUCCCACACGCUCAUAUUACUCAGAUUUGUCUACCAUCACACCACAUGUCAUAUUGAUGGUCCUCGACUGAAUGUUGCUCUAUAACACAGAUGGCACAGAGAAGCAGCCACACGCCACAUAUCUCUGCGGUGUUUCCCUGCCACACGGAAAUCAAACAACACACAGGUGAACUGAUCCCUGAUUGGUUUGUUUUUUUCGGCAUUUCGUACAUAGCCGCUUGGCUUCCAGGCGUCAUUUGCUGCACGUGGCAGCAUGUGCAGCGCAUUUCUCUGUCAACAGUGCCAUGUUUUUUCCAACAGGGACAAAGAGACACAAAUUGCACUACUGUCUGUGUUAUACAAUAUAAUAGGAAGGCUGUGUUCCAUAACUUCUCUUUGUGAAAUAUCUUUUGCAAUAGGUUCUUCUGUAGGUCUGAUGAACAAAUAAUACCAUGUACCAUAUUAUUUACAGGAGAUUAUAUCCCAUCUCGUUGGCAUCCGUGUGAUUUCGGGUUACGUUUAACCGACUGACGUCUUCUGUCACAAUUUUGAAACUGAUGUCUGUACAGUGCAGUGUGGGUCCCGUCUCUUCUCGCCUCACGGAGAAGAGAUUGUUGAGAGUUGUUCAGAGUGAAAUUAACAUUUUACAUAACAUUUGUAUGUUUUCCUUUCUCUGUAUUUGUUUUUUCUUUUUUUCCGGUGCGUGUGUGUGCAUGAUUUGGUGUGGAUGACUCACUGGGUAACACAGCCUGAGUGAAGCCAUAACACACUUGAAUAAAAAUGAUGAGCCUCCUU